AUGUGCGUGCAGAUCGCCCUUGAACUUGAGACAGUGAAAGGAUGGUGUUACAGGAAGCUGGACCAAAAGUCUUUAAUGGUUCGCACCAAGAACGGCAGUCCAUGGAAAAGGAAAAGAAGGAAAUGGGUAUUUAUUUGCCUCCCAGUCGUUCAGCCGUUCAACCCAGCAAUGCUUACCCAUGCUGCUGAGACAAUCUUUUUGUGCAUCAAGUUUGAAAAGCACCAGACAACUGCAAGCUGGGCUACCCUCUCUCUCGUUGCUCUCGUUGCACAUGGUCGGCCCUUGUUAGCGAUCAAUCAAUCGAUCGCAUCUCGCAAAAUACCCAGGAACCCUGCAAUCCGACAUUGUAAAACCACUGCCAACCAACAAGGACAACUCAUGUGCUACACAUUUAUCAUAUUACAACUUGCUUCUCCUGCAAGGAAAACGUCAUCUCAAACAAGGGCAUAUACACUGUUUAAUACAGUGCAUCUUCCAGGCGCAUUAGGCAUCUGGGUGACAUUUCCUGUCAAAGUGCACGUUCCUCCACCGACGCAAACACACAUAUCAAUAAUAUAUUGCCUUGCGCCGCCUGAGGAAUGA